GGUACCGGUGUUGUUUACUUGUUUAUAUGACAUAUUGAUGUGACGACAACGAGUUGUUAUUGCGUGUGUCAUGUGGUGGUAAAUAGUGUUCGACAAGUCGCUGUUGAUUUAGUGAUCAGCUGCGUUUUAUUUCCUUUCUAGCUGUAGAUCAUAACAGAACUGAUAAGAGAGACAUUCAAUUUUUAAACUGAAAGUUGAUUGUUAAUACACAAACCUAAAUAACAUAGACUCGAUUGUUUUCUUAUUUUUUACUGGAGCACGAAGAUGGAAGGUAAUGUCGUGGGCACGUACGGUAAAAAAGAGAAAUUUAGUCAUCAAAGAGUUCCAUCAGGAUCUCGUGAAUUUAAAGAAAUGACUAAACGCGACGCUGUUAACCAACUGCAGCAUGAACUUGACAGCCUGUUGAGUACCGCCACUGAGAAUCAAAUUCCAAAGCUGAGAACACAACUUGAAUGUUUUAGGCAGCUUUUUGAGCGCUUUCUCAGCGAAAAGGGUCCAUCAAUUAUCUGGGAACGUAUAGAAAAGCUUCCCGAAGAUGCCGUUAAGGAUUACUUUUCUCUUCCGGAACCGUCAACACAACUCGUGCGCGAGAUGUUAAACAAACUUGUUGUAAUCAAGUUGAAUGGUGGUCUGGGAACUUCAAUGGGUUGCCAUGGCCCGAAGUCUAUGAUUCAUGUGCGAAACGAAUUAAAUUUUCUUGAUCUCACUGUGCAACAAAUUGAACAUCUCAAUAAGACGUACGAUGUCAAUGUACCCCUUGUUUUAAUGAACUCGUUCAACACCGACGAUGAUACCCAAAAAUUUGUACGUAGAUAUAAAGGUCUUCAAGUCGAGAUAUAUACUUUCAACCAGAGCUGUUUCCCAAGAAUCAGCAGGGAUACGUUACUACCGAUUGCAAGAACAUGUGAUAUUGAAGGUGACAUGGAAGCAUGGUAUCCACCUGGCCACGGUGAUUUUUAUGACAGUUUCAGAAACUGUGGGCUCUUAAAAGAGUUUAUUCAACAAGGUCGUGAAUAUUGUUUUAUAUCUAAUAUUGACAACCUUGGUGCAACUGUCGAUCCAAAAAUUCUGAAUCUUCUCUUUCGCCCCGAAGACAGAUCACCAGAAUUUGUGAUGGAGGUAACAGACAAGACAAGAGCUGACGUGAAAGGUGGUACCUUAAUUCAGUAUGAACAAAAGUUACGAUUGCUGGAAAUUGCACAAGUUCCUAAAGAACAUAUCGAUGAUUUCAAGUCAGUAAAGACUUUCAAAUUCUUCAAUACAAAUAAUUUAUGGGUAAAACUCAGUGCUAUAGAACGAGUACUGCAAGAAAAAACACUGAACAUGGAAAUUAUUGUGAACAAUAAAACAUUAGCUAACGGACUGAAUGUUAUUCAACUAGAGACUGCUGUAGGUGCAGCAAUGAAGACUUUUAAUGGUGGCCUCGGUAUAAAUGUUCCUCGGAUGCGUUUUUUGCCAGUCAAGAAGACAUCAGAUUUACUGUUAGUGAAAAGUAACUUAUACAGCCUCAACCAUGGCUCUCUUGUUAUGAGCCCCUUGCGCAUGUUCCCCACGACACCAUUGGUCAAGCUGGGUGACAAUCAUUUCGCAAAAGUAAAGGAAUUUCUAUCAAGAUUUGCAGAUAUUCCAGAUCUUCUUGAACUUGAUCAUUUAACUGUUUCUGGUGAUGUGACAUUUGGGAGGGGUGUGUCUCUGAAAGGCACUGUAAUUAUUGUUGCUAAUCAUGGUGACAGAAUUGAUAUACCAUCUGGGGCAGUGUUAGAAAAUAAAAUAGUGUCAGGCAAUUUGAGAAUUUUGGAUCACUAGUACUGUGUUAAAAUUUUGCAAUGAUGAUUCUAUGUUUAUGUUUGCUACAAAAAGAAAUGGAAACAAAUUGUUGUGUUUCAUCCAUAUUUUAGAUUUUCUUGCAUUCACUAGUCCUGAUUUUUAUGUUUGUUAAUUACUAUUAGUAAUCUGGAGUCACAGUUGUAUCCAUGAAAAUUUUAUUCAAAUUGUUUCUUACUUCUGAUAUGAACCUGUAGUUAUUGCCACCCCUAUGAAUUUGGACUUAAAUAUUUGUUACUCUUACCAUUUCAGGUAUUCAAGUGAGCUUAAUGUCAGUAUUUGUACAGGAGAGCUUGGUUGCUUCCUAAUAUAGUUUCAAAUUUAAAAUUGUAACUAAUUCAUUGUUAAGGUGUUGCUUAGAAUUUUAUGAGUUGUUGCCGGUGGUUCAUGGUGUUGUCUCAAGGUUUCAGUAAUGGUAAAUCAUCAGAUAUGUCGUGAUGAUCUCUUCUCCAGGACCUAUUAUAAAAUUAUUGCCUGAGUAAGUGAUUUUACAUGUGUUCUAUGUUAUGCAGUUUGUUAGCACUAAUAAACUAUAAAAAGAAACACAUCUAUUAAUAGAAGUAUAUAUUCUUUUAAUGACGAUCUAUUGUAAAUGAUGUCUGCAUCUCAUAUAUUUCCACUGCUUUCAGGAGUUUAGCAUAGAUAAGUUAUACAGAUUUCUUAGUCACAAUACAACUUACUAUUAAUUUUAUAGUAUUUUUUGGUCACACUUGAUUCUUUCCUCAUGUAAAAAUUGCGUAAAUGGUUCUCAAGUUAACAACAGCACACCAUCUUUAGGUUCAGAUGGUACUGUAGGGUGCUGUAAUGCCAAUCCAAUGUACAUGGUAGCUUGCAAGGAAAACAUAGACAGCCAGAGGAAGGGAGGGACUAAAUCACUGCAGAGGAAUUUGACAUGAACAAUUUCCUUUCAGAGAAAAUACUAUGGAUCCCACACUGUUGAAAUCCUGGCUGCAGACCACGACCUAGGCAUUGUGACAAAUUGUUACUGUCUAGCUUGUGUGCCCUGGUUUCAAGCCCCUGUUAGUGUGUUUGAUUGAUUGUUCUAAUCCCCUUCCUCUCUUCUGGGCACUUGAACUUUUGCUAUGGGCAUCCAUGUAAACUUGUCACUACAGCUCCGUAUAACAGCAUAAGUUCAUGAAAAUGGUGAGCAGCUGUCGUAUAGAAAUAUAUGCAGGUAGUGUGUUACGACAGCAUGCAACAUUAUGCUAAAGGACCGUUUAUACAGUUGCUUACGUAUAAUUUUUUUCCAAAGCUAUUACAGUGCACAUUUCAGAUAAGCGAUGAUUCAUUGAAUAAAUCAGAUGCUAUAUUGUGUAUUUCCUGAUUUAAAUCUUGUUCAUGGUACUGUGCAGCAUGAAUACUGCUUUGCCAUUGCCUGUUUCACACUUUCUUCUUCUGUCAAUCUGUGUGAAUGGCUGUAUAAUUUAUUUUGCAUAAGAGGAGUAAAUUCAUGUAGGCCUAUACAAUUUAGUUAUGGAUAGGGUAAAUUCAAUCUUCUGUGUUUCAUAUUUGGAUCCUGUGUGUAUCGCUUAUUUGUGGAAAAUGUCACACUUAAUGGACAUUCACCCUGAAUGUUGAAAAGUUUCCUUAAAAACAAUUACACACUGAACAGUAAAUCAGAAAGUACUUUGUGCAGUGAAAUUACUGUUAGUGUAGACUGCAUGCAAAAAGUAGUAGAGUGUUAGAUAUAAAUCCAUUGUUUCGUAGUAAAUUACUACUGAACCUGAUAACGUCUUGUGAAAUGUUUUAAAAUAAAAAUGAUUGUUGUAUAGUUCAUAGUUUUAGCACACACAGUGUGAGAGUUAAAUCAGAAAUGUUGUUUGUAAUGAAAUACUAUGCAAAGUAUAUUUGUAGACCAGGUAUAAAAUAUAAUAGUAUGUGUUAUGAAUUUCUGUGAGCUACUGUGGUGAUAUUACAAAUAAUUGAUUGUAAAAAUCACGCUGUUAAAAUUUGUGCAUUAGAAACAUUGAAAAGUUUUAGCUAUUAAACUCAGUUCAGUUGUAUAAUACCUUAUUUACAGUAAGGAAAUGACAGGAUUGCUUCUGUGGGUGAUUAACAGUUUAGCAAAUGAUGAGAAUAUAGGAAGAGUUUAUGAAAGUACGAGGUCUGUAAGUAGCCUAACUGCAACAAGAUCAGAAGAUCAGAUUGCAUGAAAACACAUUUUGUGAUUUUGUAUCAUAUUUAGGACACCUUACCCUAACUGCAACAAGAUCAGAUCAGAAGAUCAGAUUGCAUUCUCUAUCCUAAGUGCAAUGGAUUGUGUUUAUGUAGUAUGUAAUGUGUACUGUGAAGGAAAUUCUUAAAGUUAAAACUUUAAGAAGCAAUGUAAGAUGGGAUAGACAUAUAUGUAUUUUUAAAUCAUUUGGUACAUCAGUAAUCUCAUUUAUGAAGCUGUUCUUUUUCAAUUUUGGCGAGGUCCUUUUUGUAUAUUACUGCUAUGUGUGUGAAAAGUAAUUGUAGGGUACUAAAUUGUGAAUAAACUGAGUAGACUGUUGUUGUUCUUCUUAGUUCAACCUGAAAUUAAAACAAAUUGUUUUAUGGUGUUUCUAAACUGGCUGUUUGGAAUAUUUCACCACUAGAAUGAGUAUAACAUUUUAGAAAAGAAAAACAUUAUUUUCUGUCUGUUUUAUUUUUUAUUUUCAUCCUUAUGAGUGAAAUACCAGUACAUAGCUUCCUCCCCCCCCCCCCCCCUCCAUAAGCUAAAUGAAAUAGAACAGCUUCUAUAUUUACAGUUGAUUUUUAACAGGAGAUUAAAUUUGCUGCUAUAUGUUGAAGCUUCUAUAUUAUAACCGUAUUCUUGACCCAAGGUACGAAGAGAAAUAUAUACUGGAAUCUAUAAGUUAUCUUGUACAUAACAAUUAUAUACUUGUAUAACAACUGUGUGUGUUAACAUGUUUCAUAGAUUAAAUAUAUGAAACAUGUACCAUAUCAAAUAUGUUGAUCUACAUAUUUUAAUACACUAGACUCUUGCUGAGCCGGUCAUUCUUGCGACAUAUGGGUGCCGGAUUAUUGAGUGCCUGAAAUUUAUUUUAUUCAUUUAUUUUGAAAACAUAGGGGAUAUAGUGUACUGUACUUUAUUAAACCAAAGGAUACAAUUUUAAAACACAGGAUAUAGUUUAUUGAGUUCAAAAAUGCAUUAAUUUCCACAGAAAACUUAGUCCUCGGGUGUAUACUGUACGUAAUUAUACAGUCAUAUCACUGACUAUGAAACAUGUCCCUAAUUUUUAACUGUUGCAAUGAUGAUACACAACGGUAGCAUGCUUUAUCAUGCAACUGCUUUACAAGCAUUACAUUGGUACUGCACAUAUAUGGUUGUUGCAUAAUAUACUCCAGGAAGACCUCAGCACCAGCAGUGUGAGAAAUCUUCAUGCUCUCUCCUCCUGUGUCCUGUUCUUCAUCACUUUCAUCACUACUUUCUUGCACGCUUUUGAUUAUUUCUUCAUCUGUUAAAAUUUGGUCCUUAUCACAGUUUUCCUCAUUCAGCCACUUAGUAACAUCUUGAUCAUCAAUUUCUUCUCCUCCUGGAAGGUUGUGGAACAUGUCAGUGUACAAAGUAAUUGAUAAUUCCAAAUAUACUGGCUCAUCACUGUCACUCACUCACUACUGGAUCCAACUCGUUAUGAAUGGGUGGCCACAGUUGUCUCCAGCUCUCAAUUAUGGUAGUGCUCUCCACUUUAUCCCAUGCUUUGGCUGCUUGGAAAACAGCAUCAUGUAUGUUAAUUGAUUUCCACACCUUCAGCAUAGUCUCAGAGGAGUCUUUUUCACUUUCAUAUAGCAAGGAGAGAAGAAGUAAAUGUCAAUAACAAUGUUUAAUUCAUUCCAAAAUUCGUUGGUCCAUAGGCUGAAAGGGCUGUCACAUUGGGUGGGAGAAAGAGUGCUUGUACGUGUACACCAUCUGACUUUAGAGAAACAUCUGAAGCAUGACUGAG